AUAGCCAGCUAACACAGCUUAGCUACAGCCAGCUCUACCGGUGACGUGUACCACGCAGCUAAAUGGACGUAAAUCAGGCGAAACAGGAGCAUCUACUCGCAUUAAAAGUGAUGCGGUUAACAAAACCAACUCUCUUCACAAACAUGCCUGUGACAUGUGAGGAAAGAGAUCUCCCAGGUGAUUUGUUUGGUCAACUCAUGAAGGUAGACCCAUCCACCAUUAAAGGAGCGGAGGCGUUAAUGCUUGGAGAGAUGCUCACAUUGCCACAAAACUUUGGUAAUAUUUUCCUUGGUGAGACCUUCUCCAGUUAUAUAAGUGUUCAUAAUGACAGCAAGCAGGUUGUGAAGGACAUACUUGUAAAGGCCGAUUUGCAGACCAGCUCGCAGAGGCUCAAUCUCUCGGCGUCCAACUCUGCAGUUGCAGAACUCAAACCGAAGUGCUGCAUUGAUGACGUCAUCCACCAUGAAGUCAAAGAAAUUGGAACUCAUAUCCUAGUUUGUGCGGUCAGUUACACCACCCGGUACGGGGAGAAACUUUAUUUCCGGAAGUUCUUCAAGUUUCAGGUUUUGAAGCCGCUCGAUGUAAAAACCAAGUUCUACAAUGCGGAGAGUGACCUCAGUUCUGUGACUGACGAGGUGUUCCUGGAGGCCCAGAUUCAGAACAUAACCACCUCACCGAUGUUCAUGGAGAAGGUCUCUUUAGAGCCCUCUAUGAUGUACAAUGUCACAGAGCUCAACACUGUGGCAUGUGGAGACCAAGGGGAGUCUACUUUUGGGAAGAUGUCCUUUCUGCAGCCCAUGGACACACGGCAAUACCUGUAUUGCCUUAAACCAAAGCCAGAGUUUGCGGAGAAGGCUGGCGUCAUCAAGGGUGUGACGGUGAUUGGCAAACUCGACAUUGUAUGGAAGACCAAUCUUGGAGAAAGAGGGAGGUUACAGACCAGUCAGCUACAAAGAAUGGCUCCUGGAUAUGGGGAUAUCAGGCUGUCAUUGGAGAUAAUACCUGACACUGUGAACCUUGAAGAACCCUUUGACAUUAUCUGUAAAAUCACCAACUGCAGCGAGAGAACCAUGGACCUGGUGCUGGAGAUGUGUAAUACAAGAUCUGUUCAUUGGUGUGGUGUAUCAGGGAGGCAGUUGGGAAAACUGAAUCCUAGUGCUUCCCUCUCUCUGCCUCUCAAGCUUCUGACAUCCGUCCAAGGUUUGCAGAGUAUUUCUGGACUAAGGCUCACAGAUACAUUUCUGAAGAGGACCUAUGAAUAUGAUGAUAUUGCACAAGUUUGUGUGGUGUGUCCAUACACAAGUAACGAGACCUUGAAUAAUAUUUAAAUAUAGUUCCUCACAUCUCAAUUUUGAAUGGACCAACUGUGGAUUUCUGCCGCUGCCCUGACUUCACUCACUUUUUACAUACUUAAGGUGAUCAUUUUUUAACAUGUAUUGUGUAUUAUUUUCUUUGAAAUGAAUUGUUUAAUUCCUAUUUAUGUAUAUUAAUAUGAAUUUAAGGCACUAUAAUGCUUGAUGCACCAUGUAUCUUUGCAAAAUGUUUUUUUUAAUGUGUUGCAAAGUCAGUAUAAGUCACUGGACAACAGAAUAUUUUGCUUCCUGAACACUUGGGUGUAUUGUAUGGAUUUUGGGUUGCUGAUCACGAAAAUCACCUUAACAUUUUCCUAUCACAUACCGUUUUGUAGAUAUAACCUAUUUUUGGUGAUUUCCUGUCAUGUUUUAAGUCCACUAGUAUAUGGCUCACAAAGCAAGAUGUUUUGGUCAGUCCACGCCUACCUGGGCAUGCAGUCAGUGCAGGUGCUGUGCAAAUAUUGUCUUGGGCAUGCAGUCAACCUGAGAGCUUGGCUCAGAAGUACUCGGAAGUCAAUGCCAUUUGCAGUCCCAAUGAUAUGGUGAGAACAGAAGGAUCACGUGACAGACUGUUACUGCUGUCUGACCAAUGUAUCUGGCUUCUCUACUAAAAAUAAGAAAUCUGUUCAAUACACCAAUACGCCUUCAGCCAUGAGACCAGUGCCACAUGAUGACAGUUUGCCAGUACUGAAGCCACCAGAGACAUGGAGCCUAGAUGAGGCAGAUGAAGAUACUACAACACAUGAACCAGAUGUGCAAAACGACACUGAUCCAGAUGUUGAACCCUUUAUGCCUGAUUAUCCUCAUCUGAUUACACAACCAGGAAGCUAAAGCAGAAAAACUUGUUUCAAGAUUGCAAGGAUGGGGUUUGCUGUCACCAGGUACAAAAAAUUCUUUCGGAACCGUCAAGAACAUUUGACAAAUUUCUUUACACAGGUUGACAACCUCUGUUUUUGCACUGACCUUGUCGGAUUGUUCGUGGCUUUGGGUUGUGUGCAUGAGCCACAACAAUGGCAUCUUUUUAUAGAUUCGUUAAAGUGAAGCCUGAAAGCUGUCCUGUUACACAUUGGCAAUGUCCACCCUUCAGUACCCACUGGCUAUGCAGUACACAUGAAAGAAACCUACAAUAAGAUGGAACUGUUUUUGAAACACACACAGUACAACAAGUACGACUGGAACAUCUGAGGUGGUCUAGAAGUAUUGGCACUGCUACUAGGAAUCCAGCUCGGAUAUACAAAGUACUGUUGUUUCCUUUGUGAAUGAGAUAGCCUAGCUAAAGAGUCACAGUCAAUUAAAAAAGAACUGGCCGCUCUGUAAGCAUUUCCUUCCAGGGCAGAAAAGUGUGGCGCUUAAACCACUUGUCAAUCCAACAAAGAUAUUUCUGCCUCCUCUUCAUAUAAAACUCGAAUUGAUGAAACAUUUUGUGAAAGCAGUGAACAGAAGGUGAUGGAUUUUGCUAUUUGAGACGGAUGUUUCCAAGAAUAACCGAUGCCAAGAUUAAGGAAGGUAUUUCUGUUGGUCCACAAAUCAGACAGGUCAUCAAUGACAGGGAGUUAGAAGAUCUGCUAGUGGGUUCAGAGAAAAUAGCAUGGAAGGCAUUUCAGGAUGUUCUUGGGAAUUUUCUUGGCAACUGCAGAGCACCAAACUACACUGAGCUGCUUGACAAACAUGCUUAAAGCAUACAAACCCAUGAAGUGCAACAUCCAUCCAUUAUCCAAGCCGCUUAUCUUAAUGGGGUCACGGGAUGCUUGAGCCUAUCCCAGCAGUCACUGGGCAGCAGGCGGGGAAACACCCUGGACAGGCCGCCAGUCCAUCACAGGGCUGACACCUUCACACCUAGGGACAAUUUAGUAUGGCCAAUUCACCUGACCUACAUGUCUUUGGACUGAGGGAGGAAACCGGAGCACCCGGAGGAAACCCACGCAGACAUGGGGAGAACAUGCAAACUGCACACAGGAAGACCUGGGAUGAUUGGAUGACCCCCCCCCCCCCCAAGGCUGGACAACCCCAGGAUUCGAACCCAAGACGUUCUUGCUGUGUGGCGACCGCUCUAACCACUGCGCCACCAUACUGCGAAGUGCAACAUGUCAUUGAAAAUUCAUUUUCUGCAUUCACACAUGGUCUUCCCUGCUGAUCUUGGUGCAGUCAGUGACAACCAUGGUGAAAGGUUUCACCAGGACAUUGUGACCAUGGAAAAGAGGUAUCAGGGCAACUGGAAUCUAUCAAUGCUGACCAACUAUUGUUGGGACACUGACACGAGAGGCACCAGAUGCUGAGUACAAACGAAAAUCAGCUGCAGAACAUUUUAAGCUCAGUUGAACUAACACCAAUGUGUCAGCAUCAUUAUGUGAUUAAACAUGUUAAAUUCAGUAAACGUUAUUUUAGUGUUUCUCCAAAUUCCCACGUGAUACAGCAAAUCUGAAAUUAUUUUCGUGUUCAGCUCGACAUUGUCUAUCAUGAUCUCUCAUUCUUUGUUUCAGGAAGCAAAACGUUUGAAAAAUGUUGUUGUCCAGUGAUUUACUUCCAAUCCAUGCUUACCUUGUUAAACUUUCGGUCACAUUUUAUUUGAAGGGGUGUGCAUAAGAUUGCCAGCUGUCAUAACAAUGACAUGACACCUGUCGUGAACAUGAAAGAAUCUUUAUGAACGUUCAUGACUGUUGUCAUUGAGUUUGACUUUAUCGUAAUGUAAAAUAUGUAAAAUUUUAUGUAAAUUUUUCAGAUACUAGCAUGAAUUAAUCACCUCUUUGUCGUUUGUCCAUAAGUUGGCCUUACAAGGCAAAUCAUUUUGGGACGGACCCUUUUUAAGUCUGGAUCAGCUAACGUAUUGGGAACUUGUAUUUAUCGCCUCAUGACUUUUUUUUUUAAAAAUUUAACUCAUGAUUUGACUCAUUUGGAAUAAGCCUUAUAGUGUAGGGGUUUUAGCCAAAUGUAAUACUGCAAAUAUGAAAUCACUACAAAGAUUUAAUUUAAUAUGUAAUGUCCUCCACCCAACUACACCUCAUCUUUUUUAUUAAUUCAUUCUCUGAUUUUUUUUUUUUCUUUGCCCUUUUUCCUCCCCAAUUACCCCUCUUCUGAGCCGUCCCAGUCGCUGCCCCACCCCCUCUGCCGAUCUGGGGAGGGCUGCAGACUACCACAUGCCUCCU